AUGGAAAGACUAAGCCAACUCUCCCUCCACGCAACUGCUAGCACUCUGCCUCCUGUGUCUCCACCACACCCUUUGGAUCCACUCACCACCCAGGAGAUCAAGGCAGUCUCACAGGUAGUUCGCAGCCAUUACAAGGACACCAAUGUUAUCUUCAACACAAUCACACUUAGGGAACCUACCAAGAAGAUAUACUACGAUUGGAAGGAGAAGAAUGGAUUUAAGCCACCAAGAUUGGCAUACUUUGUGGUCACAGAAAAUAGCCACGUUGGAGUUCAUGAAGGUGUCGUUGAUAUACCCUCCUUGACCGUGGUAGAAUCCAAAGCGACCUCAGGAGUCCAGCCAAUUUUGACUCCACAAGACCUUCAGAGCACUGAGGAAAUUGUCAGAAACGAUCCACGUGUUAUCGAACAGUGUAUUAUCCUGGGAAUCCCAAAGGAGGACAUGAAGAACGUCUACUGCGAUGCCUGGACUAUUGGUUAUGACGAGAGAUGGGGGUCAUCUAGAAGACUUCAGCAGGCUUUAAUGUAUUGGCGAUCUCAUGAAGAUGACUCUCAUUACUCUCAUCCGUUAGACUUCUGUCCUAUUGUGGAUAUGAAUGAGGGCAAGGUGGUGUUUAUCGAUAUACCCGCCAGGAGAAGGAAGGUUUCUAAGCACAAGCACUCUUCAUUCCAUCCUAAACAUAUCUCUGAGAAGUUUGGCACUAAAGAGAAUCCAUCAGGUUUCCGGAAUGACGCCAAGCCGAUUAACAUCACUCAACCAGACGGUGUUUCAUUCACCAUGGAUGGAAACGUUAUGCAAUGGUCAAACUUCAACUUUCAUAUUGGAUUCAAUUACAGAGAGGGCAUCGUUCUCUCUGACAUGAACUAUAACGAUCAUGGCAAGAUGAGACCUAUGUUUCAUAGAAUAUCAUUGUCUGAGAUGAUUGUUCCUUACGGAUGCCCUGAUUAUCCUCACCAAAGAAAGCACGCUUUAGACAUUGGAGAGUAUGGCGCUGGGCUUUGCACCAAUCCACUUUCUCUCGGAUGUGAUUGCAAGGGUGUGAUCCAUUACCUCGAUGCACAUUUUACAGAUAAGGAGGGAGAACCUUUGACUAUCAAGAAUGCUGUGUGUAUCCACGAGGAGGAUGACGGUGUUUUAUUCAAGCACUCCGAUUUCAGAGACGAUUUUAGGACCACAGUUGUCACAAGAGGUAAGCGCUUGAUCAUCUCUCAGAUCUUCACAGCAGCUAAUUAUGAAUACUGUUUGUACUGGAUUUUGAGACAAGAUGGAACGAUCAAGCUCGAGAUUAGGUUGACCGGUAUUCUUAACACCUACAUCUGUGCCGAGGGAGAGGAAACUGGCCCAUGGGGAACUCAAGUGUAUCCUCAGGUGAAUGCUCACAACCAUCAACAUUUAUUUUCCUUAAGAUUGGACCCUCGUAUCGAUGGCGACAAUAACUCUGCUGCAACCUCAGACUCUAUCUCAGGCCCUGGGGCUACAGGCUCUCCAGAGAAUGCUUAUGGUAAUGCUUUCUGCGCUGAGAAGACCGUUUUCAAGAGCGUGAAAGACUCUCUUACCCACCCAACUUUUGCGAGAACUUGGGAUAUUUUCAACCCAACCCACAUCAACCCAUACUCCGGCAAACCUUCAUCUUACAAGUUGGUGUCCACAUUCACACCUCCUCUUUUAGCUAAAGAUGGCUCCCUUGUCAAGAAGAGAGCCCCGUGGGCUGCAUGGACUACUCAAGUCGUUCCUUACAAGGACGAGGGAUUGGGCUACGGUCGUUUAUACCCAUCUGGUGAUCACGUUGCUCAAUGGUCUGGAGAUGGAAGUAGAGGAAUGAGAGAAUGGAUUGGGGAUGGCAAAGACGUCAUCGAGAACACAGACAUUCUUUUCUUCCACACAUUUGGAAUCACCCAUUUUCCAGCACCUGAGGAUUUCCCAGUCAUGCCUACAGAAAUUUUUGAUCUUAUGUUGCGUCCAAGACACUUUUUUACGGAGAAUCCCUGUCUCGAUGUUAAGCCUUCUUAUGCGAGAACCACAACUGAGGUGAAAGCUGGGAAGGUGGGUCAUGAUGAGUGCACUCUCGAUGUUGACAAGACAUCUCAAUUGGCAUUCGAAAAGACCUCAGGCUCGUGUUGCAAGAAAUAA